AGAGACCCUCAGCCAACGAGCAUUACCCGGUCGUCGAUCAACAAUCCCAUCUUAUCGAUUCAAUCAAAAGCACCUGAAACGAAGUAUAAGCGAAAUACAAACGAUCUAUCCUGGAAACGAAUUUAAAGGUAAUGCGAGGGAUGAACGUAGCUGUUUAUGCACAAUUGUUGGUAGUGCAGUGGUUACUAAUCACCGGGGUGCGAACAUCGGCAAAGUUGGAUGCUAGGCAGACGACAACAGUAUUCUACAAUGCUGAUCUGGCGACGACGACGGGUGAGGCCAAUACCGAGCUUUCUUGGUCCUGGGAUAAGGCAAACACCAGAGCGUUCCAGCAGCCGAGUGAUGUAACCGUAACCCAUUACCACAUUGACGACAAUCAGGAAAGGGUGGAUAGCGCUGCGUACCAGUAUUAUUGCCAACCAGAGCUAUGUAUACGCCGUAAUAGUGUUGGGGAAGAGCUUGUUCUAAAGCACGUGGCAUGCGCAUUUAAUGGUUCGUUCAGUGCACAGUGUCCACCGGGGCGGAUGAUAUUAACGAUGGACUCUCAGCUGCGACAGUUCGUUGUAGAUAUACACAACCAGAUGCGCGAUGCGUUGGCCAGAGGUGCCGAUGUAAAUUUUUCGUUUGAACCUGCGUCUAGAAUGCCGACAGUGACUUGGGAUGAUGAGUUAGCGAACUUAGCCGAGAUCAAUAUACGUAGCUGUAAGUUGGAACACGAUGAGUGCCGCAGUACGGCACGGUUUUUGCAGGCUGGACAAAACUUGGCAAUCGGCUCCUUUUAUAUAGAGCAGAACAUCUUUGAUAUAGUCAACAACCUUACUAUGCUAUGGUUUAGCGAGUACAAGGAUGCAGUGCAGGAAAUUCUAGACCAUUACACCACCGAAUACAAUGCCACCAUCGGCCACUUUACGCAGAUGAUUUCGGACCGGACUACUGCCGUUGGAUGUGGUAUUAUGAUCUACCCCAAAAGGACGGAAGACUUUGUGUUCAAGGUCAUAUUAUACGCAUGUAACUACGCGAUAACAAAUAUCGUCGGACAAUCCGUGUACCGCAAGGGAGAAACGGCAAGUCGUUGCGUAACCGGAAACAAUGCCAAGUACCCUGGAUUGUGCAGUGCAGAAGAGAACAAAUUUAUUAAAGCUAUUUCCGCGUAUGUUUGAAAAGCUAUGGUGAAAUUUUAUUUCCCAACUAUCACUAUAGCGAGCAGUGCUGACACAAAUGAUGAUAAUAUCCGUUUUUCUCACAAGCUCCUGGGUAGCGGUUGACGCUACAAA